AUGACCAUGGUAUACAAAGUUGUCGACAACCUUGCUAUCGACAUCGACAUCUACCUCCCGACGCCCCCACACGCCAGGGACUCUCGGCCCAAGUGUCCUGCAGUGGUCUACUUCCAUGGAGGCUCACUCGUAGUUGGAAACCGGAAGAGUUGGUUCCCCACCUGGCUCCAUCAACGCGUUGUGUCUUCCGGCAUGGCCUUUAUCUCUGCCGACUACCGGCUCAUCCCUCCAUCUACUGGACAUGACAUCUUGAGCGACGUCAAGGAUCUCUUCAAAUUUCUACAAGACGGUGUCAACCCUCGCAUUCGAGAGCUCACUCUUGACCAGCCGUCUUUCGAAAUAGCCUCAGAUGCCAUCGCUGUCGCAGGAAGCAGUGCAGGAGGUCUUUGCGCAUAUCUCGCCGCGAUCCAUGCGUCGCCACAACCCAAAGCUGUUCUCUCCCUGUAUGGAAUGGGUGGUAAUCUACUGACAGGGCAAUAUCUAGACAAAAAGCUCAAGCCUUUCUUCCGUGGCCGCGAGUUACUUGACAUUGCCGACUUCGCUGAGUUUGUUCAUCCCGCGUCUGCCCACCUCCCACCCCUCGCAGACUCGCCCUUGGCAUACCAUCCUCCAACGUAUCACAUACCCGGCUACCCGGCCAAUCCUCGAAUGCUUGCAGGACGUCUCUACCUGCAGACAGGCACCUUCUUGGACUACUACACCGGUCAGCACGAGCCUAGCCUCAGCGUGGCCCUGGUUUCCACUAGGCAGGAUGUGGACCCCCCCAAAGAGGAAGUCAUACCAGUUCAACAUCGUAUCCUCUUCCCCCAAUUCUGCGUGUCCGCUGAUCUCCCACCCAUGUUCAUCAUUCACGGGUCGACUGACACCGCCGUGUUCCUGGAUGAGUCCCAGCGGCUCCAUGGUCUGUUGGAGAACGCAGGUGUGCGGUCCACCCUCAGAGUUGUCAAAGACAAAGAACAUUCGUUCGACUACGAUCCAACUGCGGAAGAUGAGUUUGGCGGCCCUGGUGGCUUGUUCGAUGAGGCAGUCAACUUCCUGAAAUCAUCUUUGUUCUAG